AAAAAACAGUUGGCAAUACUAGCUGGCAAAUGUCAGUGUCACUUGAUUUACUUGUUUAUGUAAAGAGUUGUUUUAUUGCAUUCUUGUAUAUGUAUUGCAAUACAUAAAUGGAUUUUCCAGCUCCACCAUUUAAUACAUCAGACAGCAAUGAAUAUCCUGGGGCCACAAAAUCUCCAUUUCAAAACUCGCGAGAUGAUAAUAAACGUCGAAGUUCGUCUCGAUCAAUAAAGCGAAGACGAUUCGAUGAUGAACUCGUCGAGUAUAGCCUGGGGAUUCCGGGAGCUUCGCUUGGUAAAGGCGACAAACGAGUGCGCACUCAGUCGUAUACCAGUCACUUGCCUGAGUUUCCUGUGGCGACGAGCGCGCCUGUGACGCCAGCUGUCCCUACACAAGAACGCCGCAGAGCAUCGAGCAAGGUGUCCGGUGCUGGCAGCACAGGCAAAAAGUCUCGUCGCAAAGGACAAUUAAGUCAACUGUCGACAAAAGACUUAGGGCGCUGGAAACCUACCGAUGACUUAGCACUUAUAUUAGGAGUGCAGCAGACGAAUGACUUGCGUAUAGUGCAUAGGGGAGUGAAGUUUUCAUGCAGAUUCACAGUAAGUGAGUUGCAGUCGCGAUGGUAUGCAUUACUGUACAAUGCGGAGAUCUCGCGUGUCGCCGUGGCAGCCAUGCGGAACCUGCAUCCUGAUUUGGUGGCAGCUGUGCAGCAACAAGCCCUGUAUUCCACAGCUGAAGAAGACUUACUCGGAACACUCCCAAGUACAUCACAUCCGAAGAUAGAGAAGUUCCAAGAAUUAUUGGAGGCGCAUCCUCACGUGUUCUACCCUUCGCGCACGGCUAAGUCACUGAUGACACAUUGGCACCAACUGAAGCAAUACCAACUACUGCCCGAUCAGAUUGUACAACCAUUGCCAAAGAAUCGUGCAAACACCGUAAUGUCAUUUUCUGAUGCCGAAGACACAAUAAAUGACAAUGAGCUGCCAGACUAUAAGGAGGAUGGAAUCGAUAUUGAAAUGCAGAUGGCCGACAGGAUUGAGAAAAAAGACAUACGUCUGCUGGAAAAUUCGCUGUCUCGUUGGCAAGUCCUCGUACAGUCAGUCGUAGGUGGUAAUAUUGAACUGGAUAAAAACACACUCGCAGUACUGAGAGGGCGACUUGUGCGCUAUCUCAUGCGUUCUAGAGAGCCAUCAUCUAAUAUCCCUCCAUUCUCUGAGGACUUAGGCGAGGAGAUGCUCCGCGAUGUAACAUGUUUUUGGGGCGGCAACAUGAGACUCACUGAGAUCGCUGUGGGUCGCAGCACGCGCGACCAUGCUAUAGACGUGGACUUGACCCUUGAGGGGCCUGCUGCGAAGGUGUCCAGGAGGCAGGCCACCAUCAGGCUGCGCAACAGCGGGGACUUCUUCAUGUCCUCUGAGGGCAAGAGACCAAUCUUCAUAGACGGCAAGCCCAUACUCCAGGGGAACAAAGUGAAGCUCAAUCAUAACAGUAUUAUUGAGAUAGCGGGUCUUCGCUUCGUGUUUCUGGUGAAUCAAGACUUGAUAAACGCAAUCCGCCAAGAAGCUGUGAAAGUCAACAUCCCUGUUUAAUUUGUUUCUGAAUAAAUAAUAUCACCAACUA